AUGAAUUUGUUUUGGUUCUGUAAUGACUGUAGUAAUAAUGCUAUACAAAACCUAAAAAUAUCGAGGAGAUUGGACAGUAUUGAGCAAAAAACCAACGAUGUGUUAGAACAAACCAAGGAGUGUUUCGGCGUCGUUAAGACAUUAUACGAUAGAGCACCCAAUGUCAGCGUGCAGAAGUGGAGUGACGUAGUAAAAGCCAAACGACCGCCUUUGAUAAUUAAACCAAAAAAUUCGUCACAGAACAGCGUGAAAACCAAGUUAGAUGUGACCAACAAAGUCGAUCCACCCCAAAUAAAUAUAGCCGGAGUCAGAAAUACGGCUAACGGUGGGAUUCAGAUAGAAUGUGAAAACGACGAGUCGAUGCAAAAACUACACGAGGCUGCCCGGAACGAGAUUCAGAUACCAGAGUUUAAAAAACCAACAAUUGUUAUUGUUGGUGUUUAUGAUAAAUACCUGAGGGAGAUUGAUAUAUUUAUAAACAAAUUGAAAGGCAUGUGUGGUACAAGCGAAAUAACGUUUGUUAGGAAAUAUAAGCCUCGUAGGAAGGAACAUUUUAAUGUGCUAUUGGAGGUAUGA